CACCGCCGCGUACGGCGUACCUACCAUCAAGUUCUGGCACCCGGCACACCUCUCUCUCUCUCUCUCUCUCUCUCUCUCUCAUCUUCAGAGCGCCAUGUCUAGACCUUCCCUGGCCACCGUCCUUCUCGGCCUGAUCACCGUGCUCAUCAGCAGCACGGCGUCGGCGGACACGCCGGACUGCCCGUACCCGUGCCUCCCGCCGCCAUCCUCUGGAGGAGCCAUCAACAGCUACCCGCCACCGUCAACUGGAGCCGGCGGCGGCUUCGGCGGCAGCUACCCGCCGCCUCCGCCGGGGAGCUACCAGCUGACACCGCCGGGGGUGAUGCCGGGCUUCUCCCCACCGUACAGCGGGUUCCCGUCCGGGCAAACCCCGCCGCCGCCCAACCCGGUCCUGCCGUGGUUCCCGUGGUACUACCAGCACACCAACCCGGUCACGGGGACGUCGGCGGCGUCCUCACCGGCCAUGGAUGGGAGGUCGAGGAUCACGGUUGGCGUGCUGCUUCCUCUGUCCUUAUUACUUGUUCUUCUACUUCCUGUGUUGUAGAGAGCAGCUGUCGGUGGGCGAGUCCAUUCCUAUACUAGUUCAGGUGGUUUAUUUUGUUGUUUUAAUUGGUACAAGUGCUUGAAAUUAUAUGUAGAGAAUAAAUCAUUAUGUCAGAUAUAGACAUUUAUUAAUUGUAGUCUUUUUACUUUGUGUCUCCUCAUAUCCUUAAAUUUGCUUGUAUUUAUGGAGCAAACA